CCCGCCCGCGUGGCACGUCACAUCCUCGCCGCCUCAGCCGCUGUCUUCACGACGUGGCGGUAAUUCCAUUCCCAUUCUCAUUCCCUAGUGGUCGGUCAGUCGUAGUCAGGUCGCCGUAUGCCAUGAUUCUGCCGAGCGAGCGACACCCAUUAUCUGUCUCUCCCCCUCCGCUUGCUUGCUUAGUUGACUCUCUCUACCCUACCCUUCGUCAACCUCCUCCCAAAGGGCAAAGUUAAGCUUCGUUUGCCCCAUGUGAUGUGACCCAUCUCUCGUCGGGCUCUGAUUUUCGCUUUCACGGCCCUUUUUGAGGACUUAUACCAGUAUCAGUGACUGGUCUUCUCAGCUAGAUGCCCCUUUUAUAGAAAUCAAUAACCAUAACCAACGGAAUAAGGCAGAAUCAAAACUCAUUAUCUGUUGCGUUCUUCAGAGAGGAAUGAGAGGAAUGCCGGGCGGUGAAUACAUCUCAAGGUCCCAUGGAGUUCAAGUGGUGAAGACACACACAUAUGAUUGGCUAAUGCUUAUGCUGCUGGGGUUGAUUCUAACUGUGCUUAAUAUUAUCCAUCCAUUUAACCGAUUUGUUGGAAAAGAUAUGAUGUCAGAUCUCAAGUAUCCUCACAAAGCAAGCACUGUUCCAUUUUGGUCAGUUCCAGUAUAUUCAGUUAUGUUGCCAAUGUUGGUAUUUCUGUUAUUCUAUCUUCGACGACGAGACAUAUAUGACCUUCAUCAUGCAAUCUUGGGGAUUCUGUUUUCAGCACUCAUAACAGCAGUCCUCACUGAUGCCAUAAAAGCUGCUGUGGGCCGUCCACGUCCUGAUUUCUUUUGGCGAUGCUUUCCUGAUGGAGUAGAUGUCUACGACCGAUGGGGUAAUGUGGUUUGCCAUGGUGACAAGCAUGUCAUACGGCAAGGCCAUAAAAGCUUUCCCAGUGGGCAUACUUCAUGGUCAUUUUCUGGCUUGGGUUUCCUAUCAUUGUACUUAGCCGGGAAGAUAAAGGCAUUUGACGGUAAGGGCCACAUUGCAAAGCUCUGCGCAGUUUUGCUUCCUCUACUUUUUGCAUGCCUUGUUGGGAUUUCUCGCGUUGAUGAUUAUCGGCACCACUGGCAGGAUGUUUUUGCAGGAGGCCUCCUAGGUCUAGUUGUGGCUACCUUUUGUUAUUUGCAGUUCUUUCCACCUCCUUAUCAUAUUGAUGGAUGGAGAACUUAUGCUGCAGCAGCAACACAUUUAGGAAUAGGAAUAGGAAUAGGAAUGGCGGAGGAGUUGCAUCCCGGCCCUCGCAGUACUGUUGGGGGCUGCGAAGCUGAAGCUGCUGAGGUUGAAAUCCAGCCAAGUGGAAGGAACAACAAUUCAGAGUCAGAUAGAGAAAAGGGAGUGUACUUGUCGUCGUCAGUUUCAGGCAAUUCCAGCUUACCAGUUGAUCUAGAAUUUGGAAGAUCUUGAGGUUUGAAGGUUGUUGGUUGGCAUGGAUGCAUAUGUACAGACAUACAUGCAUGUUCAGGGAGGGAUGGAUACCAGUUUGUAUGUUUA